UAGAGGAAAAAGUCACUGUGACAAUACCAAGAGAACACAAAAGGGUUUUAGGGUUUUAAGCUUAUUAGGGUUUCUGUGAGAAAUGGCUGAGGAGAGUGGACAGAGGGCUAAGGGUACCGUCAAGUGGUUCAGUGACCAAAAGGGUUUUGGGUUCAUCACUCCCGAUGACGGCGGGGAAGAUCUGUUCGUUCAUCAGUCAGGUAUCAGAUCUGAGGGUUUCCGUAGCCUAGCUGAAGGUGAAACUGUUGAGUUCGAAGUUGAGUCUGGAGGUGACGGCCGUACCAAGGCUGUUGAUGUAACCGGACCUGAUGGUGCGGCUGUCCAAGGUGGCCGUGGAGGCGGCGGCGGCGGCGGCGGUGGAGGUCGAGGUGGUGGUGGGUAUGGAGGCGGCGGUGGUGGAUACGGUGGUGGAUACGGUGGUGGCCGUGGUGGUAGCCGUGGAUAUGGUGGCGGUGACGGAGGCUACGGUGGUGGUGGCGGCUACGGUGGAGGAAGCCGUUAUGGCGGCGGUGGAGGCGGUAGCUAUGGAGGUGGUGGUGGGAGCUAUGGAGGUGGUGGUGGUAGAGGAAACGGUUGCUUCAAGUGUGGUGAAUCUGGUCACUUUGCUAGAGACUGUACCCAGAGUGGAGGUGGCGGCGGAGGUGGCAGAUUCGGUGGUGGUGGCGGUGGAGGUGGCGGUGGCUGCUACAAGUGUGGUGAGGAUGGUCACUUUGCCCGUGAAUGUACCAGUGGAGGUCGUUGAACAUGGGUUGAAACCCUUUGUUCCCUUUAUCUUUUAGUCUGUUAUGUUUUUGUCUGAAUGUGGUGCCUUUGGCAGCCUUUACUAUGGGUCUUUGCUACUGUUUCUUCGACUAUGGUUGUUUGUUAUUUUUAUUUUCUGCUCAUUAGUAAUAUCCGUUAUACGGUUAAGUUCAGUUUGGAUCUUUUGGUAAUGGGGAGUCUGAUAUUUUGUGGUGCUGCAAGUAAUACUCUCUGUACAUGUUUACAUACAUGUUUCUGAAGAAAUAUCAAUUAAUCAACUGACAGUAUUUGUAGCCCUUUAA